UGUCCUCUCACUCACACGUGCCCUCUACUGGCCAGACAGCGCGCACACAGCCGCUGCUCUCCUGGAGCUGCCGGACCACUCAAUCCAGGCGUAAUUCAGGAAUCAGGACUCACUCACACAUUCCUCCUUCAAGUGUGGAGCAAGCCGGCAAGGAGCAGCCGUGUCGGCGACAGCCUCCACUCACUCCGCUAAGAGCACGCGAAGGGACUUUAGAUUCCCCACUCCUUAAAGUAUAGGUGUAGGAUUCAAGUUCCAGUAAAGAAAGAAGAGUUGCCAGUUAACCCCUCGGCUGGGGGUUAACGCGACGACGGCGGUGUCGACAUGGAUAAAGUUAUCAAUUGCUUGUUUGCUGCAUUAACCCUGCUGUUGUCCGCUCGAGGGGAAGUUUUUAAAGGCGAUUGUACUUUUGAGAAGCCACUGGCAGCAUGUGGAUACAGCCAAGGCCGAGAUGAUGACCUCGACUGGGAGCAGGUCAAUACCAGAGAGAAGUCUCCAUCAGAUCCAUGGAUGCCCUCAGGGUCAACCUUUAUGAUGGUGAACACAUCAGGACGCUUCGCAGGACAGAAGGCCCUGCUGCUGACACCCCAGCUGAAGGAGAACGACACACACUGUGUCAUCUUCCACUACUAUAUAGGAGGCAGAGACAACAGCCAUCCCGGCCACUUAAAUGUCUAUAUUAAAGAAAACAAUAGUCCGAUGGGGAUGCCUGUUUGGAACGUGUCAGGUCCAGCCUCUCGCUCCUGGGGACAGGUGGAGUUGGCUAUCAGCACCUACUGGCCCAACUUCUACCAGAUUGUGUUUGAAGCUGUAACCUCAGGGCAGCGAGGCUUGCUGGCCAUCAAAGACGUAGUGGUCCAGGGCCACCAGUGCAUGAAUACUCCUCAUUUCCUGACUAUAAAGGGUGUGGAGGUCAAUGCCGGACAGACUGCGUCCUUUCACUGCACUGUCAACGGACGCAAGCGGGACAACUUCCGCCUCUGGCUUCAGGGCAUGGGUGGACGGGAGGCCCCAAUGAAAGCCACUAAACCUUGGAACAACCGCCGCUUCAUAGGCACUUUCGAUGUGGAGAACACAACCAAGGGCGACUCGGGCCGCUACCGCUGCAUUGUCCACUCAGACAAAGGGGUUGGAGUGUCCAAUUAUGGUGAACUAACCAUAAAACAGCCCCCAGUGCCUAUUGCACCACCCCAGCUGACUGCUGUUGGUGCCACCUAUCUUUGGAUCCAGCUCAACGCCAAUUCCAUCAACGGGGACGGUCCAAUAAUUGACAGGGAGGUGGAAUACCGCACUGUGUCUGGGACCAUGUAUGACCUGCAGCCUGUAGACAAGACCACACACAAGAUUGGCCACCUGGAUCCAGACACAGAGUAUGAGAUCAGUGUUUUGCUGACCAGACCUCUGGAGGGAGGCACUGGAGCUCCUGGGCCCCCUCUUAAGGCCAGGACCAAAUGUGCUGAGCCUAUGCACGGCCCACGGAGGCUGGAAGUGGUGGACAUCCAGUCCAAACAGGUUACAGUGCGCUGGGAACCUCUGGGCUAUAACGUGACCCGCUGCCACAGCUAUAACCUUACCGUCCAGUACCGGUACAGAGUAGCCGGCAAGGAGGAGACGCGUGAGGAAGUGUGUUAUGACACUCAGAGUCGCGAUCCUCAGCACACUAUCCACAAUCUCUCUCCAUUCACCAACCUCAGCGUCAAGCUAGUGCUGCGCAACCCGGAGGGUGUCAAGGAGAGCACAGAGCUGGAGGUUCAGACCGAUGAGGAUGUGCCUGGGGCGGUUCCUCUGGAGUCCAUUCAGGGCAGUGCCUACGAGGAGAAGAUCAUCCUGAAGUGGAGAGAACCGGCGCAGACUUACGGGAUCAUCACUCAGUAUGAGAUUUCCUACAAAGCGGUGAGCUCCUUUGACCCUGAACUGGACCUCUCCAACCAGAGUGGGAAGGUUGUGAAGCUGGGUAACGAGACCACCCACAUGUUCACAGGCCUUUACCCGGGAUCUACGUAUUCCUUCACCCUGCGCGCUAGCACAGCCAAGGGCUAUGGCCCCCCUGUCAUCACCCAGUUCACCACCAAGAUUUCAGCUCCAUCCAUGCCAGCAUAUGACCAGGAGACCUCUCUGAACCAGACAGACAGCACAGUCACUGUGCUGCUUAAACCCGCACAGAGCAGAGGUGCCCCAGUCAGUGCGUACCAGGUGGUGGUGGAGGAGGAACGUCCACGCAGAGCACGAGGGACGGCAGAAAUUUUGCGCUGCUACCCAGUUCCCAUUCACUUCCAGAAUGCCACGCUUCUUAAUUCACAGUACUACUUCACUGCUCAGUUCCCCGCUGCUGGCAUCCAUUCGCCCCAGCCCUUUACUGUGGGGGACAACAAGACCUACAAUGGGUACUGGAAUGCCCCUCUGCUGCCACAGAAGAGCUACAGUAUAUAUUACCAGGCGGUCAGCACAGCCAAUGGGGAAACCAAAAUCGACUGUGUGCGAGUUGCCACUAAAGCCGCCAUACUCGUGACUCAGCUCACAACCCCGUACAUCCGCAUCGUCCCAGCGCCUGGUGACAACCAACUAACAGGAGCAGCCACUCAUAAGCCUGAUGCAGUGGAGCCCGAGAAGCAAACUGACCACACCGUAAAGAUCGCAGGGGUCAUCGCCGGUAUCCUCCUCUUUGUCAUCAUCUUCUUAGGAGUGGUGCUGCUCAUGAAGAAAAGAAGAACCUAUCACUCCUACACUUACUACCUGAAACUGGCCAAGAAGCGCAAGGAGACACUGAGCAGCACACGCCAGGAGAUGACAGUGAUGGUCAACUCGAUGGACAAGAGCUACACAGAGCAGGGCACCAACUGUGACGAAGCACUGUCCUUCAUGGACACACACAACCAUACGCUGAACACCCGCAGCGAGUGUGCGCUCACGCUCAAUGGCCGCAGCGAGUGUGCGCUCACGCUCAAUGGCCGCAGCGAGUGUGCGCUCACGCUCAAUGGCCGCAGCGAGUGCGCCCUCACUCUUAACGGCCGCAGCGAGUGCGCCCUCACUCUUAACGGCCGCAGCGAGUGCGCCCUCACUCUUAACGGCCGAGCUGGAUCAUCACCGUCGUCCUUCACACUACCAAAAGCCAACACUCUCAGUACUUCUAUCCCCACCAACUCAUACUACCCAGAUCCCUUUGUGCCAACUGCUAUCUUAGUGCCCAUUAAUGAUGAGAGUCAGAACAUGGGCAGCGACACAAGCAGCUUGGUCCAGUCGCACACUCACUCCUUGAGGAAACGGGAGCCCGUCGACGUGCCGUAUCAGACGGGUCAGCUGCACCCGGCGAUCCGCGUGGCGGACCUCCUCCAGCACAUCACUCAGAUGAAGUGCGCAGAGGGCUACGGCUUUAAGGAGGAGUACGAGAUAAAUGAGAGCUUUUUUGAAGGACAGUCUGCGCCAUGGGAUUCUGCCAAGAAGGAUGAGAACCGCAUGAAGAACCGAUAUGGGAAUAUUAUUGCAUAUGAUCACUCCCGUGUCAGGCUGCAGGCCCUGGAGGGGGAACAGAGCUCCGAUUACAUUAAUGCAAAUUACGUUGAUGGCUACCACAGGCCAAAUCACUACAUCGCCACUCAGGGCCCCAUGCAGGAGACGGUAUUUGAUUUCUGGAGGAUGGUCUGGCAGGAGAACACUGCAGCUAUCGUCAUGGUGACCAACCUGGUGGAAGUGGGCAGGGUGAAGUGCUGUAAGUACUGGCCUGAUGAUACGGAGAUCUACAGAGACAUCAAGGUGACACUGAUAGAGACUGAGCUGCUGUCAGAGUAUGUCAUCAGGACCUUUGCUGUAGAGAAGAGAGGAGCUCAUGAGAUCCGGGAAAUCCGACAGUUUCACUUCACUGGCUGGCCGGACCACGGUGUGCCAUAUCACGCCACCGGCCUUCUGGGGUUUAUUAGAAGAGUCAAGUCCAAGACUCUGACCAAUGCCGGACCCAUGGUGGUUCACUGCAGCGCUGGAGCCGGUCGGACAGGCUGCUUCAUCGUCAUUGACAUCAUGCUGGACAUGGCGGAGAGAGAGGGCGUGGUGGACAUUUACAACUGUGUGAGGGAGUUGCGUUCACGGAGGGUCAACAUGGUUCAGACUGAGGAGCAGUAUGUCUUCAUCCAUGAUGCCAUUUUGGAGGCAUGUCUCUGUGGCGACACCACCAUUCCUGCGAGUCAGCUCCGCUCCGUCUACUACGACAUGAACCGCCUGGACCCGCAGACAAACUCCAGCCCCAUUAAAGAGGAGUUCAGGACACUCAAUAUGGUGACUCCCACGCUGCGGGUGGAAGACUGCAGCAUCGCCCUGCUGCCUAGAAACCACGAGAAGAACCGCUGCAUGGACGUCCUGCCUCCGGACCGCUGCCUUCCCUUCUUGAUUACCAUCGACGGCGAGAGCUCCAAUUACAUCAAUGCCGCUCUGAUGGAUAGCUACAAGCAGCCUUCUGCAUUCAUAGUGACACAGCACCCAUUGCCAAACACAGUAAAGGACUUCUGGAGAUUGGUGCUGGACUACCACUGCACAUCCAUAGUAAUGCUCAAUGAUGUCGACCCAGCACAGUUGUGCCCACAGUACUGGCCAGAAAACGGAGUCCACCGCCACGGACCCAUCCAGGUGGAGUUUGUCUCCGCUGAUCUGGAAGAGGACAUCAUCAGCAGAAUAUUCCGGAUCUACAAUGCGGCUCGGCCUCAGGAUGGCUACCGGAUGGUGCAGCAGUUCCAGUUCCUGGGUUGGCCCAUGUACAGAGACACGCCCAUGUCCAAACGCUCCUUCCUCAAGCUCAUUCGACAGGUGGAUAAAUGGCAGGAGGAGUACGACGGGGGAGAGGGACGCACUGUGGUCCACUGUCUGAAUGGAGGCGGCCGCAGUGGGACAUUCUGUGCCAUCAGCAUUGUGUGUGAGAUGCUUCAACACCAGCGCUCUGUGGAUGUUUUCCACGCUGUCAAGACACUGAGGAAUAAUAAGCCCAACAUGGUGGACCUACUGGACCAAUACAAAUUUUGCUAUGAAGUGGCACUGGAGUACUUGAACUCUGGGUAACUUGGAGCUACCGCACCCAGCAGGACUUCUUAAUUUGGGACAUUACAGACAACUGCAGCUCACAUGUGUGCAUUAUGCUAAGAGUGUGUGUUACCGACCCGACAAGAGUGACGUGCACACAUGACCUCCUUUGACCAGCUCUCUUCCCUCUUCUUCUUCUCGAUCUAGAUGGGAAAGUUAGCAGAGUUGUACAGUGUUAAAUAUCACAGAAUGUUUCAGUCACUACAAGCUAAGGAAGCCAGCAGAGGUGCAAUGAGUUUUUUUUUGUUGUUUUUUUUAAUCCUCUGCAGUGAGCAGCCUUCUCUCUGGAUCCCUACUUUUCUCCGUCUCUGGCUGUAGUCCCGUGGUUGUUGCCUUGAUCCGCAUUGGACGACAAGCACUGAAAACACUCCAGUUUUCCGUGGAAUUCGAUACGCUGUACAUAAUGUAAUGUGUCCAUUUUAAUCUCUCAGAUUUUUGUUUCACGCAGUUCAUUAUUAAAAGUCAUUAAAUGCAGGAGCUCAAAGCCUAAAUGUUACUAAAUGUCCUGUAAAUUUAUGACUUUCGGAUGACUAUUGCUUCAUACUGUAUGUUGGGGACAGCUGGCUCACAUUUGCUUACCUUAUUUCCUGUGCAGGGAUCCAAAGCUUUAUUUGCACUUCCAUUGAAUUUCUUGUUGUGCAUAUUGUACAUAUUUCUGUAGAUUAUUUAUUCGCGGUAUGUACUUUUUUUGUGACUCGCAAGUAAGUGACAAUCAUAUGUUCUAUAGGUUUGGUUUAUUGACUGUAUUGUGUGCUUUUUUUUCUUUUCUUUUUUUUCAGUCAUCUUGUAUGACGGAGCAAUUCCAUUGUAAAAAAAGAAAACAAAAACAAAAAAUGAUUAUAUAAAUGUAUCUACAAUAUAAAAGGUGGAUUAUCUAUUUUUGCCUCGUUUCUAAGGGGAGCUGGGGAGGAUGGCAUUAGGGGAGCAUCUGUUGGAGAGAUGAGGGCACUACAGGUGUUAUCCA